CUCUAAGCAAAGACUAGAUACAAAGAGCACAUGUGGUUUAUUUUUUCCGUGUUCGAUUUAUCAUUUAAACAUCCGGCUUAAAUGUUGUAUGUGAGAACAGAUUUAGUUUGUUGUUAUUACGCUAUCUAGAAUUGUUUGAAUCCUACAUUACAGUAUAAAUUAAGUUCGUUGAAUGUUUGGAGUUCCUCAGUGAAGCGAUUUAGAUUAUUAAUCGCCGAGAGGGUAGAUUAUUGAUAUAUCAUAUAUAUCUUAUAUAUUUAAUUUUAAUUAUUGUUAUAGAAAUAAAAAUGGAAGAAGUUAAUCCAAAAGCAUAUCCGUUAGCGGAUGCAACUCUAACCGCAAAAAUUUUAAAUCUCGUAAAACAAGCUGUAGAUUAUCAGCAAUUACGGAAGGGUGCGAAUGAAGCAGCGAAAACUUUAAAUCGUGGCCUUUCAGAAUUUAUCGUAAUGGCUGCGGAUGCUACACCAUUAGAAAUUCUCUUGCAUUUACCGUUGUUAUGCGAAGAUAAAAAUGUACCUUAUGUUUUCGUCCGUAGUAAACAAGCUUUAGGUCGUGCUUGUGGAGUAUCUAGGCCAGUUGUAGCCUGUUCUGUUACAGUUAAUGAAGGAUCACAGUUGAAGCCACAAAUACAAGCUAUACAACAACAGAUAGAACGUCUAUUAGUUUAAGUUAUAUAUCUCUUCAUUGUACAAUGAUAUUCGAUUUAAGCGUCCAGUUUUUGACUUUUGUAUAGAUAGAUAUUUUUGUCACAUGUCCGGUAUAACAAUAAUUAUUAAUUAUAUUGAAAUUUUCAAUAAACAAUAACAAAAUUA